AUUUGAUUUUUUCAGUAGGAGAAAGUUGGGCGGCCAAUUUUUGGCCUGAAAAAACAGAAAAAAUAACGUAACAAGAAAGCUCAGAUAGAAAAAAAGAUAGGAUUUUUUUGUUUGUUAACAUUUUAUAUUAUUUUCUUCCAAAGUUAUGAAAGUAACAAAGCAUAUUGAUUACCAUUGGCCAAGGUGGAGAUGAAUUUCUCCUGUGACCAUCAAGGACCUCUAAUUGCAGAUAUCGCUGCUCUUGUUUUCUCUUUUCUUGACGUCCCAGAGAAGCAAACAGCAGCUCAAGUUUGUCGUCUGUGGAAAAGAGUCUCGUAUCUGCCUUUUCUUUGGCGUGAUGUGACGGUUGUUCUGCCUUUGGACUGUACGGAAGAACUGGUGAAAAGUCUUCAAAGGCGCCGGAUAACGAAAGUGAAUUGUACAAGGGCGAACACAACAGACUUGUCCAUUUUGUUCAGCAAUUUGCCGGGAAUUACUCAUCUCAACUUAGGAGGUUGCCCUCAAGUGACUGAGUUGUUUCUUAAAAGAGAAAUUCCUAAAUUACUGGAUCUACAACACCUUUCUUUCAGACGAUGUGGAAGGUUGUCCGACAGUGUUUUGGAGGCUUGUGGCCCACACCUAAAAAAGCUCACUAGUUUCACUCUAGAGGACUGUGAUAAUAUAAGUGAAGUUGGCUUUCAGGGUUUCAUCAAACACUUAAAUAAUCUUGAGGUACUGGAUUUGACUUGGUGCGAGGGUCUAACAGACGCUUGCCUGAAGACACUGGCAGAUAACUGUCCCAAGGUGUCACGCCUGAGUCUGCGAGGAUGUGACUGGGUAACAGUGCUUGGUGUUCGUUAUGUAGCUGAAAAUCUCAAGGAGGUAUCGGCACUUGACUUGAAGUGGAGCCACGGAAUAACUGAUGUUGCAGUUAAGCUAGUGGCCCAAAACCUCCCUGAAGUGACAUUUUUGGAUGUCAAGGAUUGCCCAUUUGUUACUAGUGAAGGCAUUAGACAUGUUACAAAGUACUUGACAAAAAUAAGGCACUUGUCAUUUGGUGGAGGUGAUCAGCUGCAUUUUGCAGACAAUGUUCAGGACAUUGAAGCCAUGUUCAUGGAUAUUGCAAGGCUUACGGAGCUCAGUUGUUUAGCAUUUGACUUUUGUGAUGGCAUCAGUGAUUCUGCAAUGCAUACUUUGAUUAAAAGCUUGCCGAACCUAAAGGUGCUUGAUGUGGGAUAUGUUGAAACAAUUAGCGAUAGCACUGCUGACCUGAUUGGCUCACAUUUACAAAAACUUGAGUCGUUAUCGUUAAGCAGUCAGAAACUGGCAGACAGAGGAGUCACCACAAUUGCCAGUAAGCUUACUCAGCUGAAAUCACUUGACCUGCGUAACUGUGAAAUUAGUAACAAUGGAAUGGGAAGAAUGGCUCCAUAUUUAAGAAAUCUGAAGUCUUUGAUCUUAUCAUCCCAUUCCAAGCUCACUAAUGUUGGGGUAAAGUAUAUAGCGAAUUUUGUGAAGAACCUUACAAGCCUUGACUUGAUGGACUGUUGUGGAGUUACAAAUGCAGGUGUUGCAAUUCUUGCUUUCAAUUUGACUCAGCUACAGCAAUUGAAUUUGUCCUACUGCAAGCGUGUCUCCAACCCAGGUACAGUAAAACCAGUGAUCAUGUUAGAUAAAUAACCCAUCUCCAUGACAGAAGUGUACAUGGAUAAACCUCUUCCAGGGCUCGAACUUGGCGGUGGUCUACUAGCCAAAUACCAGUAGAUUUUGAUUUUUGGCUAGUGGAUUUAGCUCAUUUACUAGCCAUCUUGGCUAGUUAAUUUUCGCACCUGUAAACAACAUAAGCCUUGAAAUGUUUUCAACAUUUUCCCAGUUGAUCCGCACCUUCUAGUAACCUCUUAUUUCAUUCCCCCAUUAACAACUGGCGUGAAUAAAAGAAAGAAUAAUAUUUGUUAAUUCGGUUUUCAGUUUCGCAUUUAUUCGCUGCCAUCUUGAAAUUUUGUUUUACCUGGGAGCAUGGGCCAGGCAGUACCCAUGAUGCAAAGCUAGCCAAAAAACAAAUGUACACCAUCUUGAAAUGCAAAUCUAAAAUCACAGUCCACGCAUGAUUGUCAUGGAUAUUAGGGCAUUUCUGUUGUCAAAUAAAACAACUAAAGGUCUAAAGAGAGCAAGCGAUGAUUCUGCUGGAGGCAGCACGUCUACAUGUAAAAUUUGUACGGACCUGGCUGAAAGACUUUCCAUGGCUCACAAACGACGUUGAAGCAAACCAAAUGUUCUGCAAAUUGUGUAGAGACCAGGGCUGCAAAUAACGGCCGGUCAACGGACAAUGUCCGGCCUGAUCGUGGACUUGACCGGUCAAACUCCGGUCUUGCCGGUCAUUUUGACCGGUCAUUUUUGGAUAUAAACAUUUUAUUUUCAAUAGAGUUGUCGCUUAAUGCUCUAUAACGCUGCAAUGAUUUCUUUUUUCUGUGGCGUUUUUUGCUGCUUUGCACUAAACCCUUCUAAGAAAAAGAACACCGCAAUAAAUUAAUUUCAUGUCGUCAUGUCAUAAUGAAACGCAACAAAGUGAAUAACAAACUGAGUUAAAAAGUAACGCAACGUUGCAAGUCGUACUGUACUUUCGGCUUUGCUGUAAUCAGCAAUAUGACCUUCUUCACUUCUUUUGGAAUUCGAAGGAAUUCAGGCAAAUCGAUUGCAAUUCUCAACAGGUCGUCCUGUGUUUCUCCGGAAAUAAAUGUUAGCGCAUCGAUUAAUAAUAAUUUCUUUUAUGUCAAACAUGAAUAUCGUUUGCAGACUCGAUUCCAGAAUGGUCUGAUAAAAAUUUAAGCUACUCAAGAGGGAAGGUCGUCGUCUAUCGCGGCGCUAGAUUCUCGUUCUUGUAAACAACUUUAUGCAAAUUUCUGUUGACAUUUGAGCCCUUCACGAUAAAAUGUUGCGCAAUGACCCAAAUUUAUUUAUUGACUUCUGAUCAUCAACACGCUGUUUGUGGAACAAACUUCUCGCCAAGGCAAAUCAACUUCUUGGCCGAAAACAUCAGCGACGAUUAUUCUUUGAGGAAGUGACUUUCGAUCACGUGCCAGGCAAGGAAAAAGAUCAAGUUUCACCGAUGUUCAUUUCGGAACGUCAACGUAAGACAAGCGUGUGCAGAUUUUGUAAAAUAACCCAAUAUUUUUGUUUUUUUUUCGUAAUUUCUAAAGUUUGCUGAACUGUAUGUGUAUUCCAUUUCCUGAACCUUGGGAGUUUGAAAAGGAUUUACACUUCACUUUUUACCUCAAGAGACUUCAGACACCGCCAUGCAAUGAUACUCAAGGUAGAACGUAACACGAAAACCGCGGAAAGGAACUCUACAACGUGCGAAUGCAUUUUUCACCAAUUUGCUGUCAAAAAUGUGAAUGUCAAUGUAGUAAUAACGAUCUAUUGCCAGCAUAAUUGGAUAUUCCUUAGGCAAAAAAAAAUUAUUAGUAUUCAUUAUUUGACCGGCCAGAAUCGGGGUUUGUCCGGGCUAAAGAAUAUUUGGCCGGUCAUCAUGACCGGCAACUUGCUGUCCGUUAUUUGCAGCCCUGGAGACAACACAACUUGUGCAGGUGCUGGCUGCUGAACUUUAAACUGCAGACCAGUGCAAGUGCUGUUGGGUUCUUGUUUGUAGAGUUCAGUAAAAUUUAUUAUUGUAUUGUAACAACAUACAAGACAAGAUGCAUUUGAAUUUUUCUUAUGUUGCAGUUUUUAUUAACAUUUGAUAACCACAGGAUUUUUGACAUUUUUUUAAAAUCUUAUGCUGUACAGAAGUGCCUAGACUACUAGAAACACGUUUAUGGCUAGUAAAGCCCGAGCAUGUACUAGCCAUUUGACUAUUAAGUUCAAAAGUUAAGUUCGAGCCCUGCUCUUCCUUUCACCCCUGCCAAGGCUGUACUCUAAGAGGAAUUGAAGGGAGCCCAGUGCUCUGAAUCUGUGAAACCAGCAUAUGAUUUCCAUAAAAAAACUACUAUUUUCUUGUUGCCCAGAGUAAAAGUUAGGCACCAGGGGCCAAAUUUUCAUGAUAUUUGCCUUAGUUUUCUAUCCAUUUUAAGAGAUUUGAAAAUUUGCAUAUAAAGAUUAACAGGGCUAUCAUUUAGUUUAGAAGUAGUUGUAGCAUGUAAAUUUACAUUGUUGGAACAACUUGAGAAGUGUCCAUAGCCUAUUCUUCGAAUACCCACUUUCAUCAACUGUGUCAAACCUUGCUCUUCUCUGAGAGCAAGGAUUGGCACGUUUCAUUCUCUUUGGGUCUUGUUAACACGUUAAACAGACCUUAUAUGACUUCUUCUUUAUAGGUGUGUGUGAAGUUGGUAAAUACCUCAAAGAGCUCAGACAACUCACAUUGGACCAGACCAAAGUAACAGACCGUGGGUUUGUUUAUGUGAGCCGACAUCUUCCGAAGCUUGUUUCUCUUGGCAUUGAGGGGUGCAAGAUAACUGACAGAGGUCUGAUCAAGGCUGCAGAGUCACUUGCAAACCUAGAAGAGCUUGAUCUAGGUUCAAAUUCAAUUACAGAUGCUGGAAUCCAGCAGGCUGUUGUCUACUUGAAGGGUUUAACAGAUAUGACAUUGACCAGCUGCAAUGCAAUCACUGAUGCAAGCAUCGAGAGUGUCAUUAAAGGUUUGCCUUGCUUGACUCAUUUGGGAAUUGAGGGCUGCUUUAACAUCUCAGAGGAGGCAGUGGAGAGACUCAGGGAAACUGCAAAAUCAGCCAUCAGCUUUUUUUGA